GGGCGGAGUACAGGUGCCAGUGGGCUCCCCUGGAAAGCUGCAUGUGGCACCCCCCGCAGAGCUCUCCUACUGGAGGGUUGAGAGGGCUACCGAGACCUGCACCUCGCACCUCGCACGAACUCCUGUGUGGUGCUGUGGAGGACUGCAAGGGGUGGGGGACUUCUGCUGCCUGCCCCGUGCGAAGGCAGGGGGGGCUUUGAUGGCCAGAGGAAGCCUUUGGCAAAGGGGGGACCCCCAGAUGCUUCUGCAGUGAAGUCCUGGGGAGGCCUGAGUGUUGGCUCUACCUGAAUCAUACCUGCGUGCACGAAAGGCCGGGAAGACCCUCUUCCAAAGCCCGGAGGAAGGCUGGCAGCUGUAUACCUCGGCCCAGGCCCCCGACGGGAAAUGCAUCUGCACGGCUGUGAUCCCUGCACAGAGCACCUGCUCCCGCGAUGGCCGGAGCCGGGAGCUGCGGCAGCUGAUGGAGAAGGUCCAGAAUGUCUCCCAGUCCAUGGAGGUCCUUGAGUUGCGGACGUACCGUGACCUCCAGUACGUGCGCAGCAUGGAGACACUCAUGCGAAGCCUGGACGCACGACUCCGGGCGGCUGAUGGGUCCCUCUCAGCAAAGAGCUUCCAGGAACUGAAGGACAGGAUGUCGGAGCUGUUGCCCUUGAGCUCAGUCCUGGAGCAGUACAAGGCGGACGCGCGCACCAUCGUGCGCCUGCGGGAGGAGGUGAGGAAUCUCUCCAGCAGCCUUGCAGCCAUCCAGGAGGAGAUGGGCGCCUACGGGUACGAGGACCUGCAGCAGCGGGUGAUGGCCCUGGAGGCCCGGCUCCAUGCCUGCGCCCAGAAGCUGGGCUGCGGGAAGCUGACUGGGGUCAGUAACCCCAUCACCAUUCGGGCCAUGGGGUCCCGCUUUGGCUCCUGGAUGACCGACACGAUGGCCCCCAGUGCGGAUAGCCGGGUCUGGUACAUGGAUGGCUAUUACAAGGGCCGGCGGGUCCUGGAGUUCCGCACUCUGGGAGACUUCAUCAAAGGCCAGAACUUUAUCCAGCACCUGCUGCCCCAGCCGUGGGCGGGCACAGGCCACGUGGUGUACAACGGCUCCCUGUUCUACAACAAGUAUCAGAGCAACGUGGUGGUCAAGUACCACUUCCGCUCACGCUCCGUGCUGGUGCAGAGGAGCCUCCCGGGGGCCGGCUACAACAACACCUUCCCCUACUCCUGGGGCGGCUUCUCGGACAUGGACUUCAUGGUGGACGAGAGUGGGCUCUGGGCCGUGUACACCACCAACCAGAACGCGGGCAACAUCGUGGUCAGCCGGCUGGACCCGCACACGCUCGAGGUCGUGCGGUCCUGGGACACCGGCUACCCCAAGCGCAGCGCCGGCGAGGCCUUCAUGAUCUGCGGCGUGCUCUACGUGACCAACUCCCACCUGGCCGGGGCCAAGGUCUACUUCGCCUACUUCACCAACACGUCCAGUUACGAGUACACAGACGUGCCCUUCCACAACCAGUACUCCCACAUCUCCAUGCUGGAUUACAACCCCCGAGAGCGGGCCCUCUACACUUGGAACAACGGCCACCAGGUGCUGUACAACGUCACCCUCUUUCACGUCAUCAGCACCGCCGGGGACCCCUAAGGGUGCCCUGCAAGGCCCAGGGCCGGCGCCCUUCUGCUCCACCCACGUCCCUUUCUCUCUCUCCGGGGCCCUCUCUUCUCCCCUCUCCUGUACGUUGUUUUCUCUCCCCUCCUUUCCGCCGGGCUCUCCUUCUCUGCCUCUGUAUUUCUCAUUAGUGCGUUCUCUGUGUGUCUUUUCUCCUUUGUUGGGUCUCUGGUUUUGAUACUUCACUCUUUCUGCCUUUUUAUUGCUGACCCUCUUGUCUCUCUCUUUUCAUGGAUCAGACUCUCCGGUCCUUUCCCUGAGGCCUCUGUCUCUCUCUUCCCUCCUCCACCUCCCUUCUCGCUUCCCACCCAGCCCCUAGCCCCUCUCUCCAAGCCUCCUUCCCUCCCUUCAAGGAGUUGAGUGCAUGGAUCGGUUUCUUUCUUUCUUUUUUUUUUUUAUUUACACUCUUUCUUUCCAGGUUGCUGGAAUAAACAGGACCUUUGACAUUUGA